AUGAUAGUUCUUUUCGCUGUAGUGGAAAUGGGUUGCGAGGAUGCCCAGAGGAUGCAGAGAGGAUACAGCGGACUUUCAACGGAUGAUAACGGACAUGGAACGUUUGUUGCUCAUAUAUGUUAUGUUGCGGGUUUACAUCGUGGAAUAUUCCCGAGACAUAUGGCAGGGAGUCCCGAAGAGGCUGCCUUCAAGCUAGCUGUUGAUCGCGUCGGGAAAACGAUGAGAUCAGCAAUGGAUAAUACCUCAACGUUGUCUGCUGAUAUAAGAUAUAUACAACACAACGAUAGCUUCGAGGCAACACGGGCCGUUUGCGCUCAACUUCAACAUGCAAACGGAAUAGCAGCUGUAAUCGGCCCUACGUCGACAGAUGGCGCUCUUGCCGUGCGAUCAGUGUGUAAAACGGUUGAUGUACCACACGUCGACACACGGAGACAGUUUGGAGGGAUGGAGACAUUAUCGAACACUAUCAGCUUGUAUCCCCAUGCUAGUUACAUUAGUUCAUUGUUGGUUGAUAUAGUGCAACAUUAUAAAUGGCAGAAGGUUACCGUCAUGUAUGAUGAAGACGAAGCUUUAGAAAGACUUCAAGGUGUGUUUAAGUUAUCUUCCAGCGUACACAUGCAACUGAGUGUGGAGAGGAUGCAAGGAUCCAAUCACAAAACUAUCCUAAAGAGAAUAAAGACAUCGGGCUCGAACCAUGUCAUCGUUGAUUGCAAGAGAGAGACGCUUCCCAUUCUGCUUGAACAGAUGCUAGAAUUGCAAAUGCUUCGAAGUUAUUAUCAUUAUCUAUUUGUUUCACUGGAUCUUUACCUAAUAAACAUGUCAAGGUAUACUGGUGAUAAGGUUAACCUGACCACACUUCAUAUGCUGAAUCUAUAUGACCAGUACACCGAGGCGUUCAUGGAGGAAUGGAACAAUAUGCAGAUGGGACCUAGGAGUGUUACCAUGACAACCAGGAAUUUCAGCAUCCUCACAACGGAAGCUGCUCUGCUCUACGACGCAGUGCAUGUGGUGGCCCAUGGUCUUCAAGAACUCGGAGAUUCUCGGAAUAUUUCGUUGAGAUCGUUGAGCUGCUUCGGGGAGCAAUCGGAAUGGACCGACGGACUCACGUACUACAAUUUCCUCCAAGGGACGAAUGUCAAUGGUCUGACUGGCCCAAUAACGUUUGAUAGAAAUGGCUUCAGGGACAAUCCAAGAUUCUUCAUUUCAGAACUUCAAGAUUCUCAGUCUGUGAUGUUCAAAACGGUUGGUCAAUGGGAUGCAAAUGGUCUGAAUAUCUUCCCAGUGGACAUGCAUAUAGAUAAGAACACAACGUUGACCAACAAGACUUUGAUUGUUACAACUAUAUUGGAACCUCCAUACUGCAUGAAGCGGAAGAGUCCUGAUGGCGAACCCCUGGAGGGCAAUGCACGCUUUGAGGGAUUCAUCAUAGAUCUCCUGGACUACAUCUCACAGAGGAUGAACUUCAACUACGUCAUCACUCUGGUUCCUGAUGGCGACUAUGGCUCCGAGGUGGAUGGUCGCUGGAAUGGCAUGGUUGGGGAGUUAGUUGAAAGGCGAGCUGACCUUGCGGCAGCUCCUCUCACAAUCACCUAUGUCAGAGAGAAGGUGAUAGACUUCUCCAAACCCUGGAUGUACCUGGGCGUGACCAUCCUCUUCCGUGUACCUGAACCUCAGAACCCUGGUGUCUUCUCCUUCCUCAACCCACUGUCCCCAGACGUCUGGCUCUACGUCAUCCUGGCAUUCCUCCUGGUCAGCUUCGUACUCUUUGUCCUGGCUCGAUUCAGUCCGUACGAGUGGUACAACUCCCACCCGUGCAACCCAGACUACGACACGGUGGAGAACCAGUUCAACUUCUUCAAUUGUCUCUGGUUCUCGUUCGGUGGUCUCAUGCAGCAGGGAUCCGAGAUCAACCCCAGAGCGUUCUCUACUAGGGUUCUCAGUGGUUUCUGGUGGUUCUUUUCUCUCAUCUUGAUCUCCUCCUACACUGCUAACCUGGCUGCUUUCUUGACGGUCGAGAGGAUGGUGUCACCUAUCCAGACUGCCGAUGAUCUGGCCAAGCAAACAUCAAUUGAGUAUGGCACCAGGAAAGGAGGGUCCACGGAAGAAUUCUUUUCGAGAUCGAAAAUCCCCACCUACAUGAAGAUGUGGGAGUUCAUGAGUUCGAGGCAGCACGUGUUUACAAACACCUACAUGGAUGGUAUUGAGCGCGUUCUCAACAAUAGAAACUACGCCUACCUCAUGGAGUCUGCCAUGGCCGAUUACGUGGUCUCCCAGCAUUGUAAUAAUUUGACUGCCAUUGGAGGGCUGCUCAACUCAAGAGGUUACGGCAUUGGUACGCCACUCGGUUCUGUUUAUCGAGACGAGAUUACCAAAUCCAUCUUGCAGCUUCAAGAAGAGGACAUCCUCCUUGAGCUGAAGAACAAGUGGUGGAGGACGGACCAGUGCCAUAAGAACACUGGUCAGAGUGACGAAGCCAACUCACUAGGUCUCAAGAACAUUGGAGGAAUCUUCCUGGUUCUGAUCACAGGCCUGGUGUGUGGUCUUAUAGCAGCCUUCGCAGAGUUCAUCUGGAAAUCAAGGCAGAAUGCUUUGAUCGAUAGGAAAUCGUUAUGCGGUGAAAUGAUGUCGGAACUACGCUUCGCGUUCCGCUGCAACAACAAGCGACGGAACAGCAAGCCAGUGAUAGAGCAUAAAUACAUCCCAACUACUACCUACCCUCCAAACAUCAAUGGUAGGCAAUCUAUGCAGAUGGUUGAACCUCUAGCAUGACCCAGAGACUAGAACAAAACAUUUUAUUUAAUGAUUGUUAGUCAUCCAAAUGCUACUCUAGCCAUGGUAGCGAAGAGCUACAAUCGUUAGCUCAGUUUGAUUAAUAGACCACGUUCUAGCGGAAACAACUUGGUUUGAACAUCGACCUCAGAGGUUUGUGGUUCGAAAGAGACGGA